AUGGAAACUCAAGGACAGAAUAACGGUAUGCUGCCUGACCUAAUUAUAUCUGUUGAAUCGAACGUGGACACACAGAAUGCUGAUCAUCAAAAUAAACAUCCUCAAGGCGGGGGUAUUGAGGAAUACAAAUCAAAUUCUAAUGUUUCUACGGAAAUUUUAGAUGUAAAAAGUGGGCAUUUUGAGCAAGUGCAUGAUACAAGACCGGGCGAUGCGAUGACUGGAAUAGAAAGCAAACCCUCGGCGGGAAGCGUACAUGAAAAUAAGAUACCUAACGUCUCUCGAAACAAUGAUACAGCUAAUAUAUCUGCUACCAUAAUUGAAAAUGCUAUUAAUCAUGACCGUGCAGUGCAUGAAUCAUCGGCUUCUGGGGAACCAAGUGAAGUAACGAAAAAUAGCAUAAAAAUGGAUGCUAACUCAAUGAUUAAAGCUAAUCUCUCAUUAGAUAUAAACUCAAAGGAAAUAGAGAAGGUGAAUAUUGAUGAUAUCAGUGACUCUUUUGACGGUGAAAGAAGCAGAACAGAAAGUGAAAAUGUUCAACUACCUCGCAGUCUGUCGUCCCCGAGAGCAAGUAGCCCUAGUCGAAAAAUUGAAUCAACGGGAACCAACUAUUCUAUUUCAUCCAAGGAAGAUCAUCUCAAUAAAGCUUUAAACCAUAAUGGAUCUUCCCCUAUUCCAAUGAAGGUUGACAAUCAUGUAGAAGAUGCAGCUGAUCGGAACCAUUCGUUGAAUGGAAAAAAGGAGAUCGGAAAAUCUGAACUUAAUAACGAAACAAAUGAUCGAGAACAGAAGGAUUCCAUGAAAGAAUAUGCAUCAGAGGGCUCUAAAUCAUAUCCAACACAAAUGUUACAUAAUGAUCUAAAUCUAGAGUUGCCUCCUCAUCUUGAUCAUGAUGACUUUUCCAAACUGUUCAAGCUAGAUAAAAACGAUGAUGAACUAUUUUCGGCAGAGGAUUUGUUAGAGCAUGGUAUUGGUUCACAUAAUAUAUCAGCAGUUACGGAGGCCGUUGCAAACUCCGAUGGCAAAUCAGAUGUUGGUCCAUCACCAAGAAGUUCUGUUUCCUACCAUGCUACAGAGGUUCGUAAUAAUGAUUCAGAUUCUAGUAUGGAGAAAUUUUGUGAUUCUAUAGUGCGAAGAAAGGCUUCAAGUUCUUCAGCACAUUUUAAUUCCAUUCAUAAGUUAACGGCGAGCUUAGAAACACCUGAUAUCCCACUUCGUGCAAGUUCUGCUGCCCCCGUCCCAUAUAGUGCGGAAAUAAAUCAGCCACCAGAAAAUACACCCGCAUCUAUUAUUCAAGGAAAGAAUAAUAUUUUCUAUCCGCGAAGGCAUAGUUCAUUAACGCCAAUGAUGCCCCAGCCGAGUACAAUCUCAAUGAAUUCAGAGCCAAAAAGCGAUGCAAAAAAUGAUAACCAAAGUAAAUCCGCAGAGAGUCCCAAGAAGGAUGAUAAAGGCUCUUACGAAAACGCAAUACCGGCAGGCCAGUUUAUUACAUCGUUACAAGGAUCCAAUGUCGUUGAUGAACAAUCAAAAAUCUCAGCAUAUGCUUGCCUAGACUUCCAGAAAUUUACAUUCUACGUUCAAACGCUACAAGUAAUAAUAGGUAGGCGGUCAGAAAAUGACUUCUCUCAUAAAGUGGAUGUCAAUCUAGGGCCCUCGAAAUCUAUAUCCAGAAGACAUGCUAAGAUUUUUUAUAAUUUCGGGACUGAACGCUUUGAGUUGUCGAUUAUGGGCAAAAAUGGUGCUUUCGUUGAUGAUACUUUCGUUGAACGCGGUAUCACAGUGCCUCUUAGAAAUAAAACAAAAAUACAAAUAGGUCAAAUUCCUUUUCAAUUUGUUCUUCCAGAACAAGAGAAUAAAGAAAAUGUUCAACAUCAUUCUAAGGUAAAGGAUGAAUCUAGUGUAAGUAACGUGGGAAACAAUAGUCCCGGUUCCAGUGAAGAUGUUGAGAGUAAGUCUAAAGCGCAACUGCCGACGAAAAAGAUUAAGAAACCUAUAAAAACAACCAAACCUCCCAAAAAAGUCUACACAUUAGAAGAGAUACCUCCAGAAUAUCGUACAAAACCAACUUGUUCGUAUUCUAAUCUAAUUACAGCAUGUCUAAGGAAGUAUUCCUCUCCUAGUGGGAUGUCCUUAUCUGAAAUUUAUGCGGGUAUUAGGGAAUUAUUUCCAUACUACAAGUACUGUCCUGAUGGAUGGCAAAGUUCAGUGAGGCAUAACUUGUCACUAAACAAGUCUUUCCGUAAAGUUUCUAAAGAGGGUAAAGGAUGGCUAUGGGGUUUAGAUGAAAAAUACAUUGCAGAACGAGAAAAGCAAAGAAAGAAACAAGCUGAAGCUCAGGCUGCCAAAGCGAAGGCAGCGGAAAUGAAACAGGUUCAGCUGCAGGCUAAAAAGCAGGGUCCAAUGAUGAACAGCCACUUAUCGAACAAUGGCAAGCAACCAAACAUCUCACAAACUUUAGCAGCUAACCGUUCGGAGAGGACAAGCAUUCAUGAUGGUAAUCAAAGAACUAUGAAGUACCUGCAGCAGCAGUUAAUGCUUUUAACUAAAAAUCGUAGAGGUCUUGAUAAACAAGUAAUGGCCCAAAUUUUGACACAGGCAUUGGCAAUGACCAUAAACCAGGUAACUCAGGCAGCUAAGAAUAAGGGAAUUAAUGGUAAUCCCUUAACUGCGCUAAUUGAUAAGAAUCCACAGCAUUUGAAUCUGAUAUUGACUGCUGCCAUUAAUGCGGCGACUCUUAAAGUCACCAAUGGUAGGGUAAAAAAGUUGGUGGAUAUACCGCCAACGCCGAUCCUAUCCAAUGCAGCACCGGCUGGUUCUAGGAAAGAUAGUAUUAAAAAGGAAUCACCUCCGCCUAUGAAAAAUGCCACUCCAAAGCCGCCUACUCCAAGCAUUGCAAACCCAACGAACACAUCCACACUACAAGCGGGAGAGCCUUUCGAUCCAACCUCGUUGUCUAGGUUCUUUCAACCAAGACAACCUGCUAGGGUAACCUCACCCGUCAGUUCUGCCAAUCAAAGAGUUAGUACAGUACCUCAGAAAAGAUCUGUAAGUGAGACCGAUUCUAGUGACGAAGAUAGUGAUAGCAGUGAUGCUGAAGCUUCAAGUGAUGAUGAUAGCUCUAGUGAUGGCAGUAGUGCGGCUUCAGAUACAACUGAAGAUGAUGCAAAUGAUAGCAGUGUUACAAGUGAUGGUGACAGUGAUAGUGACGGUGAAAAUGAUGACUACGAAGCGGAAAGGGAAAAAUAUGGUAAUGGUGGUAGUUAA